AAACUAUUCCAGGCAUGUUUCCGUUUGGGAACCUUCAGGAGGGAGCCCUUGGUCACAAGGGUGCAAUACACACCUGUGUCCUCCGGAGUCCGCUGUUCUGCGCCCAGCACAGCCCCAGAGCUUUCUCAAACCUGGAGUGUCUGCAACACUUUGCAAGGACACAGUGGAGAGGGCACGUCAGCGCUCCGACUUCCUCCCGACGCCGCCUCUGAUUGGCUCCUGGACAUGUAAGAAACCGGUGAAUGAGCGGCUGGCCCUUGCAGAAACUUGCCUGAGGUCUUUGGUGGCAUUGCCCUUUCCUCCUCGUCAACCCGGCAGGCCAGCCGAUGAGGGGGAGGAUGAGGUCGUCGUGUGUCCUGCUUACCGCCCUGGUGGCGCUGGCCGCCUAUUACAUCUACAUCCCCCUGCCAAGCUCCGUGUCCGACCCCUGGAAGCUGAUGCUGCUGGACGCCACUUUCCGGAGCGCACAGCAAGUGAGCAACCUGAUACACUACUUGGGCCUCAGCCAUCAUCUGCUCGCGCUGAACUUCAUCAUCAUUUCUUUUGGCAAGAAAAGCGCAUGGUCAUCUGCUCAGGUGAAAGUAACUGACACUGACUUUGACGGUGUGGAAGUCAGAGUGUUUGAAGGCUCUGCAAAGCCAGAAGAGCCGCUGAAACGCAGCGUUGUUUACAUUCACGGAGGAGGCUGGGCCUUGGCAAGUGCAAAAAUCAGGUAUUAUGAUGAACUGUGUAAAGCAAUGGCUGAGAAGUUGAAUGCUGUCAUUGUCUCCAUUGAAUACAGGCUAGUUCCAAAGGUUUAUUUUCCUGAGCAAAUUCAUGAUGUUCUACGUGCCACAAAGUACUUCCUGCAGCCAGAAGUCUUGCACAAGUAUUCAGUUGACCCAGGCAGAAUCGGCGUUUCUGGUGACAGUGCUGGUGGGAAUUUGGCGGCUGCCCUGGGCCAACAGUUUAAUCAAGAUGCCAACCUAAAAAACAAGCUCAAGGUGCAAGCUUUAAUUUAUCCAGUUCUUCAAGCUUUAGAUUUUAACACGCCCUCUUAUCAGCAAAAUGUGAACACCCCCAUCCUGCCCCGUUAUGUCAUGGUGAAGUACUGGGUGGAUUACUUCAACGGCAACUAUGACUUUGUCCAGGCAAUGAUAGUUAACAAUCACACUUCACUCGAUGUGGGAGAGGCUGCUGCCCUCAGGGCCCAUCUAAACUGGACAUCCCUCUUGCCCGCAUCCAUCACAAAGAACUACAAGCCUGUCAUGCAGACCACUGGCAACACCAGGAUCGUCCAGGAGAUCCCUCAGCUGCUGGAUGCCCGCUCAGCCCCACUCAUCGCAGACCAGGAAGUCCUGCGGCACCUCCCAAAGACCUAUAUUCUAACCUGUGAGCACGAUGUCCUAAGAGACGAUGGAAUCAUGUAUGCAAAGCGUUUGGAGAGUGCAGGUGUGGAGGUGACCCUUGAUCACUUUGAGGAUGGCUUCCACGGAUGCAUGAUUUUCACCAGCUGGCCUACCAACUUCUCAGUGGGAAUUCGGACUAGGAAUAGUUACAUCAAGUGGCUGGAUCAAAACCUGUAAAGGAGUGAAAUUUGUAAAAGGCUUGAGCCCCUCUUGAUCUCCUGCACCUGCUUUGGAAAGACAUUCACUCUUUAGUUGACUAAUUUCCCCUCGUUACUUGAGUUAUGGAAUCUCUAUUCCCUGCAGACUUUAUGUUAAUUUAAUUUUAAAAAAUGCUUUUGAGUAACAUAAGUGCAAAAACAUCUGAAUCUGGUUCUCUAAGUGAGCCAGUCUCUCUGUUCUUGUUUUAACCAAAUUACUACUAACACCCACAGCUGCAGAAAGCAGGGCUAGGAGCUGGAAAUAGCUUUGGGUCUUGCCUCCCUCAAGAAGUUCUUUUUAGAAGAAAUUCUACCAGCUGUGGAUGACCUUUAAUGAGUAAAAAGAAAAUGUGGGCUCUUCAACUUGCUAGAGUUUACUUUGAGUUAAGAGUAGUGUUAAAUGUGUUCACUUCAAGGUCAGUGCUGGCUACCAAGUGCCCUCUGUUCUCUGUGGAUGGAUGGCUUUGUUUCCUGUGGGAAUUUUGGCAGAGCUGUUCUAGCAAGGACAAGUUUCUCAAAUGACUUUCCUCCUUUAGAGUGUUAAUUUUAUGUGAUAGCUAUCUCUAAGUCCAGUUGGAUUAUGAUAAUACUUGAAAGUUACUUUCUACCACUAUUAUUAGAAACUAUGAGGUUGCAUGCACUGGAUAUCUGUACAUCGUUAAGUUUUUUGGUUAUGCCAUCUCCCUGCGGGAGAUCUUUUGGGAGCAAAUUAAUUUAGAUUUAGAAUAAAUUUUCCUUUACAGAACAAGUAAAAACAGACAAAUGAACCAACCUAUUGUUUUCAUAAUGAAUACUUCUCACAUAAAUUACCAAGAGUGGUGUGUAUAUAUUUGGCAUAGUCAGAAAAGAAGAUACAUUUAAUAUUAAGAUUAUGAAAAAUAGCUUUAGAGGGUCUAGUUUAUUCUUGAAAACUCAACUUUUUCACUUACAUGGCUUUAAAAUGGGGCUAUUUUGGUAUAUAUAAUGUACUGUAUUGUUUAUUUUUUUAAGUUAUUUAAUGUUAAUAUAUAUAGCUAGACAAGAUUUUUCAGAAUAAAGUCAGUAAUGAAUAUUAAAAAUAAUGAUUUUUUUAAAAACUACCUUAGAGUUUAAAAAAAACAACUUUAGAAUUAUAUCCACAUGUAAUUUUAUGGAAAGAGGUAAAAUAGCUAUUAAUAUUACUAUAUAUAAGGCCUAAAUAUUUUGAUGUUUAUAUGCAUAUACAAAUCACAAUAAUUAGAAACUGACUACACCUAGUAAAGUCAUCUAAGUUUAUAGUUCAAUAGCUUAGACAAGACACACAUUGGUCAUUUCUGCUCUCUGUGGUCGGAGGAACUACUUCAUACUCUUCUGGGUGACACCCUUCAUUAUCGCCUUCCAGGUAGGUCUAAAGUUACAAUAGACCAGGCUUAAUUUCAUGUGAAGCCUUCACUGCCUGUGGGACAUCUUUGGCAUAGAAAGAAACUCCCAAUUCUGACUUGACUUGUGUACCUUCGCCCUCCCUCCUGCCACUCUUCCUACUGCUGCAAUCUGUGCUACUUUCAGAGACUGCAGAGAGCGGCCACACAGCCAAGUCAUGAUCCAAUAAAUUUAUCAGUGGAAAGAAAGUAGAGCCUUUUCACUCAUUUGAAAGAUGGGUAUUUCCUACUUAGGAGGAUGAAAUAACAAGUGAAAAUCUGCAUGUUUAUUUUUCAUUUAUUAUUUAAGUCAGGAGCAUUUUAUGUACAAGACAGAAGUAAAUGCAACAGUGAGUAUCUGUCUGUGUGCCUGUGUAUGUAUAAAAAUAAUCAUACAAAUUAACAUGCUAAUGGACUCAGGCAAGUCACUUACCAUCUCCAGGCCUGUUUUCCCUCUCCUCUAAAGUCAGAGAAUUGAAUUACUUAAUCUAUGAGGUGUCUUCCAACUAUAAAUUCCAACCAUUUUGUCAGACUGGAAAACUGUAUUGGCCUCUUCUUCAACAGUGUUUUUUUGUGUGUGUGUGUUUGUUUCUAUAGGUCAUUAUUCCAUAUACACAGACAGGUACAUGAUCAAUUUUUUCCCCUAAAAACAUGGGAUUUUAGUUCUUACUCUAUGACAGCUACCCUCCUCAUUUAAUACUAUUCUUUUUGAUGCCAUUUGAAGGAACCAAUGUUUUGACCUUAUUUUGAGGUUACCCAUCUCUAGGAAAGCAAAGAAAAUAUAAUACAUGCACAGAAUUCCUUAAAAUGACAUUUCCCACCCCCCCCCCCGGAAUUGUGAGCCAAAUCUUGUACUAACUACAGACAAUGAAUGAUUCUAGGUCUCCAAAGGGCUCUCUCAGGUGAAAAGAGGGAGUGAAAGAAAAAAGGGGUCAAGCACUGUUUCUGAUGAAGCAUCUAAGUUUCAUUAAAGCUUUUAUUGGGAAUUCCCUGGUGGCCCAGUGUUUAGGACCCAGCGUUUUCACAGACUGUGGCCUGGGUUCUAUCCCUGGUCAGGGAACUAAGAUCCCACAUGCCACGCAGCAUGGCCAAAAAUAAAUAAAUUAAUAAAUAAACAAAGCUUUUAUAUAUAAAAGAAAGUGACUUAUACUAUAUCCCACCUCAGACCUUUCUUGAAGGUCUUCCUUGAAAUUUUCCUUGGUAUAAUAAUUGGGAAUCAUGAUACACAAAAACCACUAGAUACAAGAAAGGCUAAACCAACCAAAAAUCUGAGUGCUAAGAAUUCCUUUGGGAAGCAUACAGAGUUUAUACUGAAGAUAUUUUGGCUUGGAAUCAGUUUAUUUUGUUUUAAUUUUUGUUCUUAUAAAAAAUGUUUAUGCUCUGCAGAUUGAUUCUUUUUAAGUGUUAUGGCUUUGUUUUGUUUUCCUAUUUUAAGAAAAAAUGGAUAGUCUUUUUAUAAUAUCAUUGUUGUUUGUGAAAUGUGACCAUAAAUAUAUGAUGAAAAAAUCUUGAAGUGCUACAAAAUAUAGUGAAGUAUAAAUUAGUUACUGUUUUAUCAUUGAUUUGUGAAGAAGUUAAGACUGUUGUAUAUCUUGGUGGAUAUAAUAUUUUAUGCAUGACCUUUUCACCUUUGACUUUUUGCUUAUUUCUCACUGCAAAGGGCAAGGCAGAUUUUAUGAAGGAUUUUGGUAGCCAGUCUAUUUUGUAAGAUGAAAAUCCACUGUGGAGGUAGGAAAGUAUAAAUCUGUUUUGAUUCAUGUUUGUAAAUAAAAUGUCUCCAUCUGGAAAUGUGCCUCUUUCACUUCCCCUCAUCUCAUUUUCUGGUUCCCACCUCUCUUUUUCUUGGUAUCCUAGAUCCCUAGCCACAAUUCAGCCCAAAUCUUCUGCCCCCUGGAGUCCUCCAGCUGCCUUUCAAUUACUGAGAGGGACUCAGUGGCCUCUCUGAUGACAUCCAUUUCAUGUCUGGAUACAGUAUGUGCUGCUCGUACUGGAAACCCGCCUUGGACUGGCUAGAAUAUUCAUAAAAGCUAGGCAGGCCAUGAGACAAUUUGGGGACUUUCCAUACACAUAUUAGGAAGGGUUGAUCACAGUGCAAAUGAAUUUGGAUUUGACUAGUUCGGGCAAAGAAGUAUUGAUACCACUGAAGGCAAGUUUUCACAUUGACUCUGUCAUUACAAGCAAAGCUAAUAAUUUCACGCUUGAGUUCAUUAUACUUAGUUCACUUCAAUAUCAUAGGAAUUUGCAAAACUUGUUUUUCAAAGUAAAUUGUUUGUGUUGGUUCUAAAUGGUCACAUAUGUGUGGGUAAAUUAGAUUUUCCUAUUCAAUUAGAGUUAUUUUCAUCUUCUCCAACAAAACCUCUGGUGCGUAGCUAUAUUUUGCUGAAGGGAUCCACUAAUGGUUGCAA